ACCGGCGUUUCAGCGCGUAUUGGUAGUCGCGAGACGAGUCAGUUGGUGACGGGUUGCGUUCGUCUUGUGCGGCGUAGUGAACAGUUUCGGUCAUCCUCUUCUCCCCCCUUGUGUUCAAAAAUGAGCUGGCAGGAUUACGUUGACAAGCAGCUGCUCGCAUCUAGGUGUGUUACCAAAGCGGCGAUCGCUGGACACGAUGGCAACGUAUGGGCGAAAUCCGACGGCUUCGAAGUAAGUAAAGAAGAGCUCGCGAAAUUAGUCCAGAGCUUCGAGGAGCAGGACAUCCUGACGUCGUCGGGCGUUACCUUAGCCGGCAGCAGGUACAUCUACCUGUCGGGCACGGACCGUGUGAUAAGGGCAAAACUUGGUAAAGUUGGCGUGCAUUGCAUGAAGACGACGCAGGCCGUAGUUGUCUCCUUAUACGAGGACCCCAUACAACCACAACAAGCUGCAUCGGUCGUUGAAAAACUGGGCGAGUACCUCGUGUCCUGCGGCUAUUAGUAACCUCUGGGACCCAACACAAAACAUCAAUUAUUAAUAAUAAACAAUACGGUCGAUUAUUUUAAUGAAACAGCGAAUGGAAUGCGCCAUGCCGCACGAGUCGCGCCGGAACUGCCGCAAGCCUGCCGCGCGGCCCCACGAUGAGAAGCAACAACAAUCUACAUCGACAACAACAACUACAACAACUACAACAACAACAACAAUACCACUACUACUACUACUACAACAACCGCAACUACCAUUCACCACCACCACUCCGAGUCAUCAUUCUCUCCUCUUCGGCUCUUUGACGUGACGUGAAAAUCGGGCAAAGAAGGCAAGCACGCGAGCGUGCGCGCGUCCGCGCACGAAUACACGUACGCACGCACAUACGUAAAAACUACGCGCGGCACCCUUCCUUCUUGCCACCCUUUCUCCCUUCUUCAUCUUUUCUCUCUCUCUCUCUCUCUCUCUCUCUCUCUCUCUCUCUCUCUCUCUCUCUCUCUCUCCUCUCCUCACGCUUCGUCCCUCCCUUCGCCGCUACCCCUACACACGUGCACACAAGAAACACAUACUACGCGCGCGCACGCACGCACGCACGCAUGCACGCACGCAGACAACCGCGUCCUCGCGAAGCGACGAACACGUAUACGUACUUAAGCAUCUACGCGUCGAAAUCCCGUAGACGCGUGUACGGUCGCCUCCGACACUCGCUGCUUGAACGUUCUUCGUCCUUCGACGAGCGUCCUCCGCCGGGACGCGGCCGGUGCUUCGACGAGGGAACUUAACUUCUGGGAACUAAUGAGAAAAAAAGAAAGAAAAAAACAAGUUCCCUCGUUGGAUAAUCGGCGGUGUUGGGAGUCGCGCGCCGGAGAAGGUGUCUUCAAGCCCUGACGAAAGAGUGGCAAGCGUACUCGCACCUCGUGCGGACAUAACGCGCGGGGACGUCGGCGACGCCGGUUAGCGCGGUAGCGAGGGUGUACGACCCACGAUAAAUGCGACUGUCACAUCUGCUCUCUACGCGACGAGCCGUUCGACGCGCGACCGAGAACGGCGGCGAAGCGGAUCGCGACGCGACGCGCGCGGAAUCGCCCGCGUCUGGAUCGCGAGCGAGCGAGCGAACGAGCGAGCGAAGCGAUCGAUCGGGAAUGAGACGACGAGAACGGGGUGCGUCGCGCUUCGCUGCUUCCGACGACGAUGCCUGAGCUCGUCUUGCACGCUUCGCAUCUGCUGGGAGCGUCAUUCUACCUGUGCGACGAGCGAUAAGGGUAGAAUGAUGCUCGCAGCACGAGAGCGUGCAGGACGAACUUUUAGCCCCAGCGUCUCGGGGAGACGCGUGCCAUCCCUUCGGGGAUCGACCCGUUUCUCAGGGUAUCGAUCGUGGGUCCUCGCGGCCGAUGCGAUCCCGUGGGAAGUGAAAAGUUUCAGCGAGGAGUUCGAUACUCGCGGAAAGUCGCGAGGCCUGAACUCGCCGGUGAAACUUUUUGCUCUUCACGAGCUCACAUCGGCUGGAAGGAUACAUGAGCGAUGGGUCGGUCGGCAUGUUCGACCGAAGCGAUCCGACGAGGGUGGUCGACGCGAACAACCCCGGCGUUGUUGGGGGAGGAGCGUCCUCGGUCUCCGCGCGGAAGCGAUCGCUCUCGCCUUGAAUCGCGCGCACCUCAAGCGUCAUUAGCUGCGCUCCGCCGAUCCGGACACCGUGCUGGGACACCGACGGGUAUGAUGCGUGAAUCAUACGUGAGCCGUCUCGUAGCCGCGCAGCAUGGUGCCGUUGGUCAGCGCGGCGCGUCCUGGGCUUUUUUCGGAGAAUAUCCGCGUGCACUCGCUCUUCGUUUCGUCUCGCACACUCGCACGUAACGAUGAAUCACACAUACAUGUACACAUAUGCACGCACACAUCGGUGAUAUCAGUGAAAUUGACGGAUAUCAAGGAGAAAGAGAGUGGGGGAGAGAGAGAGAGAGGGAGAGAGAGAGAGAGAGAGAGAGAGAGAGAGAGAGAGAGAGAGAGAGAGAGAGAGAGAGAGAGAGAGAGAGAGUGAGAGAGUGAAAGCGCGACACUUGAACUUUUGUGACUGCUUGGCGGCGUUUCGCCGAUAGAGAUACGACACACAUACACAUGAAUUACGUAUAAGAAGUAAUGAUAAUAAAUAUUAAUAAUAAAAUAUUGUGUUAGAGGUUUACAGUCUUUUUCGUAGGGCACGAAAGGGUGAGCGCGUGCGAGUGAGAAAGAGAGGGAGAGCGAGGGUGGGAAUAAAAGAUGUAGUAGCGAAUGUCGGGAAAAUUUGAUGAGGUUGAAUGAGAGAGAGAGAGAGAGAGAGAGAGAGAGAGAGAGAGAGAGAGGGAGGGAGGGAGGGAGGGAGAGAGAAAAUGAAGAGAAAGAGAGUAUGAGAGGUGCAUUUGGAUUGAAAGCGAACACGAGAGUGAGUGAGAGAGCGCGAAUGUGAGAAUGAAAGAGACUGGGAAAAAAAUGCGAUGGCAGGGAUGAUCGCGAAAAAUAUUUCGAAACUGACGGCGAGAUAAUGAGCGUUGAAGAAGAAGAAGAAGAAGAAGAAGAAGAAAAAGAAGAAGCAGCAGCAACAGCAGGUGAAGUGUGGGGAGAACGAGAGUGAGAGAGUGUGCGCGCGCGCGCGCGAGAAAGAGAGAGAGAAAGGGAGAGAGAUUGUGGAGCGAGUGAAAGAGGGCUAAAAUAACGAGGACGGAGGGAUGAUGAUAGCGAUAACGGUGACGGCGGGCGAUAUAUGAUAUAUGAUGUUGAUGACAAUGAUAAUGAUGACGA